AUGUGGGCUACCCACUUUUGGCCUUGUCUCUGGUGGACCCACUUGUUUGGUGUGGCUGGAUCCAAAGAGACGGCUGGCUUCGAUAUAACUAAUCUUGCUAUUUCGGAUCUUUAUAGUCCCUCAGAGAGUCCUGUUGGCGACAUUCGCAUCUGGAUCACCAUGAAGACUACAUUCGUCCUGAUCUCGGUCUUGGCUGCCUUCGGCCAUGCCUCGGUGCUUCGAAGCUCCUCAAUGGAACGAGCGCCAGCCACUGUCCGUGUGAGCGGAAGCCGAUCCUCUCUCAAGCCCUUAAAACUCACUGUAAAUGCCUUUAACGAGGAGCAUAAGCUUCGUCUACAUCGUGCCCCCUCGCCCCUAGCUGCGGAAUUCAAGCUGCAGACAACCACACGCGACAGUCAAGGACGAGUAGUGAUUGAAGACGCACCACAUGACUCGGUGAUUCCCGAUCUGUACCACGACCCCGAUACCGGAGCUGUGGUGUCCGUGGACGGUACUAAAGUGGAAGGCCUUAUAACGCCCACACUUGCCAUCAAAGCAAACGCUGACGGAACUCACCAGGCACAGCGACAGUAUGAAGCUGAAGCCGGCGCUUACAACGACUACCUGGAAAUUCCCGCCGAAGUCCGCCAGUAUCAAGCACAAGCAAAGAUCUCUCAAAGUAGCCGAGGUGCCCUUAGUGUCACAGCUGAACUCUACGUAAUAGUUGACAGCACCCUCGCUCAACAAUUGGGCUCCAACACAAAGGUGAAACAGUACCUGUCCGUGUUCUGGAAUGGAGUCAACAAGAGGUUUGCUACCAUGAGUGACCCAAAGGUCAAUCUGGUUCUGUCUGGAGCUCUCAUUGUCCGUGACUCAGCCGACGAGACUUACAUAAAUGAUAAUGUCCUUCUGGAAAACUACAUCAAUGGAGAGAAUACCCUUAGCUCAGUCAGCGAUUGGCUGUUCCAGAAGAAAGCUUCACUGCCUGCUUAUGAUGUGGCCUACCUAAUGACGGGCAAGGACAUGGCUGAUGUGGAAUCUGGCAUGAUUAAGGAGGGCUUAGCUGGCAUUGCCUGGAAAGGAGCCGCAUGUAUUGUGGCCAGCGGUAACAAACGCUCUUUCAACACUGGCAUGGGUGAGGAUAUGGGCGCUUACUAUGUGGGCGUGAUGACUGCCGCACAUGAAGUAGCACACAAUCUUGGCUCUCCUCAUGAUGGCAAAGAUGGAGCUGAAGCUUGUUCGUGGGAUGACGGCUACAUAAUGAGCUACGUUCCAGGUAAAUCCAACAAGCUGUUCUUUUCGUCGUGUUCACAGAAACUGAUGAAGGACUAUAUGAGCAGUGACGACGCUUCCUGCCUUCAGACGACCCAAAUAGGAGAGAAAAUCCCUCUCUCUUCCCAGCUGCCAGGUGAAAUCGUCUCCAUGGACGAACAGUGCCAAAAGCAAACUGGCAAGUCGGAAGCCUAUGCGUCGAAAUCCGUGUCUGCGGACUCUCUGUGUGUCCAGCUCGUAUGCCAGUGGCAGGUGAAGGAUGGCUACAGCAUCUGGACCUACACCCAGUCGACAGGACGUCCAGCUGCCGAGGGUUCUGCAUGCAGGAGUGGCGGUGUUUGUAACAACGGAUCCUGCCAAUAGUAAUUCUUUCAAGCUUCUCUUCACGAAAUUUGGAUUAUGGCCGAAUAAGCACUUUUAAUAUAAUCUUUGUGUUGAAAGGAGAAAACACACUACCGUGUUGAUACUAUGGUAUAAAAACCCACACUGCAAAACUAGAUUUAAUUGAAAAAGAGACUACAGUUCCGGAAUCCACCUGGAUUCCCUCUUCAGGUCUGUGUUGUUUAUGAAAAAAAAAAAAAAAUAUCGGCUUGCAACACGUUGUUUCUGUAUUAACGGACCCUGUGAGAGGAAACUUUGAAGUAAUAUUUGGUUGAUGACUUAAUAAAUAUAUGCAGCAUGA